AUGAGUACUCCAAGAGUCCGAGGGAGAAAAAUCAUUAUCAACUUAGGUGAUUUUAGUGUUUUUUCAUCAAAAGGAUUAAUGCAGAAGCGUAAAAAAAUUCCUUUGAGCAUUCUAUUAUGGAGAUUUCUUGGUGCAACCGUUUUCUCAAUAGCUAUCACUUGUUUCUUCUUUGUUCAUCAUGUUCAUGUAUCCACUACUUCGAAAAUUCAUCAUAAAAAGUUCAAUGAAAAGAUUCACACGUUUCGUGACCUGCAAAGCUGGACCCAAGAGCUUGAUCUGCUUCAUUUAUCUAAGGAUUCAGUCUCUGCUUCUAAGUUGAAUAAUACAAGAGGGAUUACAGAACUAAACUAUGAGAAACUCUGGAAGCCUCCACCUAAUCAUGGAUUUCUACCUUGUACAAAACCUUCCCUUAAUUACACAACUCCUGGAAAUUCGCGUGGUUACCUUCUAGUACAUACAAAUGGUGGACUCAACCAAAUGCGCAUUGGGAUAUGUGAUAUGGUAGCAAUAGCUCGCAUUAUAAACGCCACCCUUGUAAUUCCAGAGCUUGACAAAAAGUCAUUUUGGAAAGAUAAUAGCAAUUUCUCUGAUAUCUUUGAUGAAAAGAGGUUUAUCAGUUCUCUUGCUGAUGAUAUAAAAAUCAUCAAGAAACUUCCCAAGAAUCUGGCUAAUGCAACCAAAAUGGUGAAGCAGUUCAAAAGCUGGUCUGGUAUAGAGUACUAUCAAAAAGAGAUUUCAGCCCUUUGGAAUGAUUUCAAAGUUAUUCAAGCUUCCAAAACCGAUUCUCGAUUAGCGAAUAACAAUCUACCUCUAGAUAUUCAAAAGCUUCGUUGUCGUGCUUGUUUUGAAGCUCUUCGUUUCUCUCCUCGCAUUGAAAAGAUGGGAAAUUUAUUGGUGGAGAGGAUGAGAUCAUUUGGUCCUUAUAUCACAUUACACUUACGUUACGAGAAGGAUAUGCUUGCAUUUAGCGGAUGCACGCACGAUUUAUCAACUUCUGAGGCCGAAGAACUACGAAUUAUCAGAGAGAAUACUACUUAUUGGAAAAGAAAGCAUAUCAAUCCUACUGAAGAGAGGUCUAAAGGGAAUUGUCCCUUAACUCCAAAGGAAGUUGGAAUUUUCCUUAAUGCUCUUGGAUAUCCUACAAGGACUCCUAUAUAUAUUGCUGCAGGGGAGAUAUAUGGGGGUGAGUCUCAUAUGACUGAACUGCGAUCGCGAUAUCCGUUUUUAAUGAGCAAGGAAAAGUUGGCAUCUAUUGACGAACUUGAACCAUUUUCAAAUCACGCAUCUCAAAUGGCUGCUCUUGACUAUAUUGUAUCUAUUGAAAGCGAUGUGUUUGUACAUUCUUACCCUGGAAACAUGGCACGGAUUGUUCAAGGUCAUCGUCGUUUUCUUGGGAAAGGAAGAACCGUAUCUCCAGAUAGGAAAGCUCUCGUUCGUCUGUUUGAUAAACUAAAAAAUGGAUUAAUGGUUGAGGGGAAAAAGCUGUCCAAUAAAGUGAAUGGCCUUCACCAAGGAAGGGUUGGCUUGUUAAGGAAGAGAAAAGGGCCGAUUUCUGGAACAAAGGGUGUCGACAGGUUUCGGUCAGAAGAAACAUUUUAUGCAAAUCCUUUACCUGAAUGCUUAUGUCGGGCAGAAUCAUCGCCGAUAUAG